AUGAGCAUCCAGCUAGAAGUAUUCCCAUUAAACCCAGGAUCACACACCCCGAAUUUGGCAGGGUCACUCAACAAUCUCUUUCCGAACCAGGACCGUACACCCAGGAUUUGGCCAGGUCACUCCACAGCCGACGUAAUUCUCGGACAGCACUGGAGGCGCUCCCAUCCAUCGAGCGUCAAACUCUGGCGCCAGUUAUUUGCCGUUAACCCAGGAUCAUACACCUUGCCGUUAACCCAGGAGCACACACCCCGGAUUGGCAAUAUUACUCAACAAUCUAUAUAUUGCUCUUUCGGACCUCGGACGGCACUCGGACUCCCAUUCAUUGAAAAAAGCAUCAACCUCCGGCACCAGUUGGUUGCCGUUAACCCAGAAUCAUACACCCCGUAUUUGGCCAUCUUACUCCACAAUCAAUAUUUGGCUCUCUCGAAUCUCGGACGGCACUCGAAGGCGCUCCCAUUCAUCGAAGAAUGUGUCAACAUCCGGGCGCCAGCUAUAACCCAGGAGCAUAUACUCCAGAAUUGGCCAACUCACUCGAGAACCAACGUAAUGCUCUUUCGAAUCUCGGACGUCAUUCCGAGGCACAAAUGGUUCACAUUUGAGCGCAAGGUUGAAUCGGAUAUUCGGCUCGCCAAAUCUGACCUCAAUUUUUGAUUGCAAACUAUUUACAAAGUUCACUGACCACAUGCACCCUCAAAUCACGGUUGCAUCUAUUCAUUUUUUUCUAACACAUUUUCCUCCCAUCGCCCAUCGCUGAUGUACUGAUCCA